AUGGGGGUGUUGGCAACUGUUGCAGAAAAUGAUUGUCAUGAUAUGAUUGUUGUUGAAUCGGAGGAUAUAAAUGUUGCAUGUUUAUCGAUUGAUACAACUUGGGUGAUUUCAGACGAAUCUAAUAAGCAUGUUGAGGUUGAUCAAGUAUACAAGGACAAAUCAAUUUUGAAAGCAGUCAUGGAAAGUUAUGCGAUUAAAGAGAGAUUUCAGUAUAAAACUACUCGGUCAAAUUCAAUAAGUUACACUCUGGAAUGUUUUUCUAACGGAUGUGAAUGGUUAAUGAAGGCCUCUAAUAUCAACAAAUCUAGAAUGUUCAGAAUUCGAGCAUUCAACCGAAAGCAUACAUGUCCUUUAAACGAUAGAGUUUAUUCGCAAAGACAUAUAACUAGCAAUUUAAUAGGAGGGAUUAUGAAACCUAAAUUUGUAGAUCAUAAACGUAAAUAUACAUCAGCUGAUAUAAGAAAGGAUGUUAAGAUUGAUCUAGGAGUUGAUGUUAACUAUAAGAAGGCUUGGAGGGCCAGAGAGAAAGCAUUAAAAGCUUUGAGGGGUACACCAGCUGCAUCAUAUGCAAAGUUACCUGCGUAUUUGUAUAUGAUGGAUAUCACUUACCUGGGGUCUCAUAUACGUAUGAAAAAGAGUACGAAUAAUGAGUUUUUGUAUCUAUUUGUUGCAUUGAAUACAUUUAUCCAAGGAUUCAAUCAUUGUAGACCAGUAGUCGUGGUGGAUGGUAGUCAUCUGAGAGGUCCAUAUAAUGGUACAUUUGUUGCAGCAAGCAUGACAGAUGGCGCAGGACAUAUAUUUCCACUUGCGUAUGGUAUUAUCGAUUCAGAAAAUGAUGCUGCGUGGACUUGGUUUUUUGAGCAACUUAAAGAAGCAUACGGUGAGAGGAGUAACAUGUGUGUUGUGUCUGAUAGAAAUGAGAGCAUUAUAAAGGUUGUUACAAAUGUAUACAGUAAUGUCCCACACUAUGCUUGUAUCUCAUGA